CUGCGCCCUGGCAGUCGGGAAGGCGGGAGUCUGGGGAAAGCGCCUAGGACCGGAAGUGAAGACAGGUUCCCGCCUCCGUCCCUGUCGCCGCCGCCAUACACGCUCGCAGUGCUUAGCUCUUCUGUCAGAAAACUGGUGUCUUUUCCCUUGCUGUUCCUCAGCCCCCUCUCUUUCCCCUUGCUUUCACACCUGCUCUGGGACCACUCACCCUAAAGACCUCCCUUCUCCCCCUACCGGCCCAAUUAUGGCAGAGAAUGAUGUGGACAAUGAGCUCUUGGACUAUGAAGAUGAUGAAGUGGAGACAGCAGCAGGGGGAGAUGGGACUGAAGCUCCUGCCAAGAAAGAUGUCAAGGGCUCCUACGUCUCCAUCCACAGCUCCGGCUUUCGAGACUUCCUGCUCAAGCCAGAGUUGCUCCGGGCCAUCGUUGACUGUGGCUUUGAGCAUCCAUCAGAGGUCCAGCAUGAAUGCAUCCCUCAGGCCAUUCUGGGGAUGGAUGUCCUGUGCCAGGCCAAGUCAGGCAUGGGGAAGACAGCAGUGUUUGUCCUGGCCACAUUACAGCAGCUGGAGCCAAUCACUGGGCAGGUGUCUGUGCUGGUGAUGUGUCACACUAGAGAGUUGGCUUUUCAGAUCAGCAAGGAAUAUGAGCGAUUCUCAAAGUAUAUGCCAAAUGUCAAGGUGGCAGUGUUCUUUGGCGGUCUGUCUAUCAAGAAGGAUGAAGAGGUGUUGAAGAAGAAUUGUCCACACAUCGUUGUGGGGACUCCCGGCCGAAUUCUAGCCCUGGCUCGCAAUAAGAGCCUGAACCUUAAGCACAUUAAACACUUUAUCUUGGACGAAUGUGACAAGAUGCUUGAACAGCUCGACAUGCGUCGGGAUGUCCAGGAAAUUUUUCGCAUGACCCCCCAUGAGAAGCAGGUCAUGAUGUUCAGUGCUACCUUGAGCAAAGAGAUCCGGCCAGUCUGCCGCAAGUUCAUGCAAGAUCCUAUGGAGAUCUUCGUGGAUGAUGAGACCAAGUUGACGCUGCACGGGUUGCAGCAAUACUACGUGAAACUGAAGGACAACGAGAAGAACCGGAAGCUCUUUGACCUUCUCGAUGUCCUCGAGUUCAACCAGGUGGUGAUCUUUGUGAAGUCUGUGCAGCGGUGCAUCGCCCUGGCCCAACUUCUGGUGGAACAGAACUUCCCAGCCAUUGCUAUCCACCGUGGGAUGCCCCAGGAGGAGAGGCUCUCUCGGUAUCAGCAGUUCAAGGAUUUCCAACGGCGGAUUCUUGUGGCUACCAACCUGUUUGGCCGAGGCAUGGACAUUGAGCGUGUGAACAUUGCCUUCAACUAUGACAUGCCAGAGGACUCAGACACCUACCUGCAUCGGGUGGCCAGAGCAGGCCGGUUUGGUACCAAGGGCUUGGCCAUCACUUUUGUGUCAGAUGAGAACGAUGCUAAGAUCCUCAAUGAUGUUCAGGACCGCUUUGAGGUCAACAUCAGUGAGCUCCCCGAUGAGAUCGACAUCUCCUCCUACAUUGAACAGACACGGUAGAGGAGAGGAGUGACCCACUCUGGACUGUGGCCAUCUGUCUCAUUAGAAGAUUCCAGGGAUCAGGGUGGAGACGCAUUGCCCCCGCCAGCCUUCAUCCAAUCCUGUCCAAGCUUCCCUCUGCGUCACCACCACUCCUAACCCUGUUCCUGAUUUAUGAUAGUUGUUUGUUUGUUUGUUUUUUUAACAAAACUAAGAAUGAAACAAUUGUGUGGUGUUUGUA